AUGCUGCGGCUGCAUGUCGCGGUAGCCUCCUUGUUUCUGGAGUCUCUGGCCUAUAGUAAAGAAGAGUUCACGGACUGGGAAUGCGAACGGACAGAAUCCAAGUUCUUCAUGUGGCCUUCACUGCGCGAGCUGGCUGUUACAGAAGCAAGCCAGAUGCUGCGGCCAUUGCGCUCGUCCCCGCUUCUGUCGUCCACGUCAGCCGAGUUUGGGCAAAUGUCAAGCUUAUGGCAGGCCAUCUUCAAUGAAUGUCCUCUGGGGACGAUUUUUCUUGCUGCGAUGGAGCUCGGCAACUGCUUGGCGGAUCACAGUCGGCGCAUAGAACCCUGUGAGGAUGUUGGAAGUUUCAUGAUGGAUACCAUGUUCGGGAGAGGUAUUCCUAUCGCUGUGUUGCUGACAGCUUCCUGGCCACUGAACCAUGCUUUGCAUAUGCCUUUCUUGUACGCGCACACGCCCGAGGACAAGAUAAGCAAGUGGUAUUCCAUCCAGAACGACCCUGCACUUAACUGUGAAGGCGAUGGCAUUUGGCCGAAAAUACAGAAACAGCUCGACUCAGGCAUUGGAGAUGGCCUACCACUGCUUGAGCACCUUCGAAGCUUGAUCUUCUCACCGGAAGUUCAGAACCUCGAAGCGCAUCAACUGAGUUUUCCCGGCGAUUUUGUGCCGGGUUGUGCAUUUGGUUGGCUGGCGGUGCUACUUGUCAAGGCUGGCAUAAGUUGGCACACGGAGACCUUCUCAUACUUCUCCUAUGAAUUCCUACUGAAGCCCUACUUGGCUGAGUUGAAGUUUUGGGAGUUUUUGGGGUCAGGUCGCAUUUGCAUGUACCACCGGACCAACAACGAGAUGGGCUUCCUGGGUCGCGAGCUCCUUCAAGAUGCUGGCUCCCUGGGCUCCCUUACCACCUUGCGACUCGAGGGCUCGCCGAUCCUUGAUGGUCAACUGAUUUUCCGUGCAACGGCCGCUGCUGUGCUAGGUGAGGGUGUCAGAGCCUAUGUCGUCAAAGGCGAGACACGGCUCCUGACAUAUGCCGUCUACGUCUGGGGCAAGGACUUCACCAAGUGGCUCCCUGCCUACAUCACGCGCUUUCACAGCCUGGGGGUGCACAAUCUCAUGGUCUUCGGGGACGAGGGUGCCUACGAAGCUUGCUCCACUGUCAGCGGCUCCGUUUGCCUCCACCUACCCACAAAAAAUUCUCUGCACCGUUACACGAUCCCCCUGGCACUGAUGAAUCUGGGUGUUGAUGCCUUUGUCAUCGACUUCGACAUCUACCCUUUCAGGGACCCUACCCCCAUCCUCAUCUCCGAGCUGGAAAGUUACGACGAUGCACCGGAGCUUCUGCUCUCCGGCUCCUAUGGCGACGCCUGCAUUUGUAACGCCCUCGCCUUGUACCGAAGCACUACACAGCUCCGCGAGUUCACCCGCGGCUUGCUGGAUUGGCUUUACGAAAAUCCCUUUCCGCACGGAGUCACUCAGAAGGCGCUGUCCGCAUUUCUAGGGGAGAAGCCGGUGCAGAAGGUGCACAGCAAAGAGCCCUGGGUUGUCAAGGCGGAGAUGCUCGCCCUCACACUGCCGCCACGUCCUUCUAUCGCCUGGUCAUUGUUGGAUCCAGGUGUGCAAUUCCCCACCUCGGCCAAGUUGGAAACUUCCGGUUGGGCAGGUGACCCCGAAGAUAUUGUGAUUUACCACUUCUUCCAUGGAUCCUGGCUGGAGGCAGAGAGUGCCCUGGCCGUAAACGACACAGGCAGAGACGAGCUCGACUUGUUCUACAACACGACCUGCGACGGAGAGCCGCAGACCUGUGAGGAGCGGAGACAACAGAGGAUUCUGGAGCACCUAAUGGCUAAUCGGAAGGGUGAUGUUCGGCCUUUCACAGAUCGAUCAUGCUACACACUGCCCGUAAACGAGAUUGACGCCCAUUAUCUGGACAGCGAGAACCUCGGGAAAGGCUUUUUGGACAAGCGGCGAAGUGCACUAUAG